GUUUAGGGAUAUGGCAAGCAAAGGUACCAUCGUCGGCUCAGAAAGCAGAAAUCCUUCCAUCUCUAUGGCUCCUCAAAAGCAUUUAUUACUCUUAUUAGUGAUCGCGUUAUGUAUUCAUUAAGUGGUUUCGCAUUUCAAGCAAUUGCCUGCUACUUGUCUGCUCAGAAAAAACAUGAGCUUCCAAGAGACCAGCAGGAGGUGGGAGACUGGAAGAAGAUGGGGACAGUGGUGCUAAAUAGAGCCUUACUGCUUGUCUCUUUUCCGUCAAAGAAUUGUCGUUAGAUUGUGACACAUCAUGCCCAGGUAAUGGUGA